CUUUCCCCCGGUUUCAAUUUUUCCUUCCUUUCCUGUUUCGACUCCGCAUAGGAACACACAUAGCAAUGGCACCUCGUAAGGGUAAGGAAAAGAAGGAAGAACAGGUGAUCAGCCUGGGACCUCAGGUUGCUGAGGGCGAGAAUGUUUUCGGAACCUGCCACAUCUUCGCUUCCUUCAAUGAUACCUUCGUUCAUGUCACUGACCUAUCUGGCAAGGAAACAAUCUGCCGCGUGACUGGUGGUAUGAAGGUGAAAGCCGACAGAGAUGAGUCCUCUCCUUACGCUGCUAUGUUGGCAGCUCAGGAUGUAGCGCAGAGGUGCAAGGAGCUGGGCAUCACUGCCUUGCACAUCAAACUGCGUGCAACUGGAGGCAAUAGAACUAAGACCCCCGGACCUGGUGCACAGUCUGCACUCAGAGCCCUGGCUCGUUCUGGUAUGAAGAUCGGACGUAUUGAGGAUGUCACCCCGAUCCCAUCAGACAGCACCCGCAGAAAGGGUGGUCGUCGCGGACGUCGUCUGUAGAGCGUUUUCUGCUACUGUCAAUAAAAAAAAAAAAAGGCAAAUUGGCAUCUGGUCCCUGCUUUAUUUUUUUUAGUAUAAUGAGAAUGAAUGCUUAAGUGGUGGCCAAAUUUCUUUAGUCAGUGGGAUUCACUUAAUGUAGCUUUCUGUUAAAUAUCAUGGUCUGUAGGGGUUUGCAUGUUGUGGCUCAGUUGUUGCAAAUAAGAUUUAAGUUGUCUUCUGAUUUAUCUUCUAAUCUCUUUUAGAUUCAUAAAAUAAUCCCCCUUUAUCCUGAUGACCCUGGAAGUUGGACAUCUUGGCCAAUCUAAGUAGCUUCUGAAAUAUUAUUUCUAAUUUUAAGUCAACAGCAAGGCAAUAGAUACCUGGAAAUUGUUGAAGUUUCCAGCUUUUGAACUGCUCAGAAAGAUUGCCUGAGGACAGAUCAAAGACGGUCUUAAGGCAUUCCCAUCCAAGAUCCAAUCCCCAAAUGCAGCUUCAAGGCAGUCUAUAUGAUGGUUUGAAACUAAUAGCGGAGGUUUUGAACUAAAACAAACCUCAAACUGAUGGUUUUAGUCCAUGUUUAUUUAAACAACAUUCACUCCCUAGCACAAACUAAGAUACCAAGUUAAAUGCAUCCUAUAAGGAAAGGGCAAGAAAAAAUCCCAUCUGGAUCAUUGAGUGGUAACUAAAAUCUGCAGAUCAGCAAUCCAGGGUUUACCUCUCCAUGUACGAUUAGUGCAUUUGGUAAAAGCUUCCAAAGGAGAAUAUGGAUUACCAUUUUUAAAUGUCAUGGAAUCCUUUUCAAAUCUAAAGAACAGGAUUCAGAAAUAUAGAUGUGUUACAUUUCUCAGUUUGGAAUUGGUUUGUGUUUAAUUAUCAGAUUUCUUACCUGAUCCAAGGACUUGAGUAACCUGAUUCAAGUUCAUUUCCAAUUUGGUUUGUCAUUCAUGCAAGUUUAGGAAUGCUUACCAGGCCCAAAAGCAACAGGCUAGAAGUGCCACAGUAAGGUGCAAUGGUCUGGUUAAGAGCAGGUUUAGAGAUGUCCUAGAACAGUGAUGUACUUCCUAUGGACGGGGAAAUGUACAUUGCUUUAAUUCUGAUUGGCUGUAGCAGCAGAUGGGCUGUUUAAAGCUAAGGUAAUCAUUUUGUGAAAUGUUAGUGUUUUUCUGAAGCUUUUUUAAAAAAAAAUUUAAAUCUGGUCUCAAGAAAUGCAAAUUGCUAUAACUACAUUUUUAUACAAACUGAUUUGAGCAAUGUGUCUGAUUUUCAAUUUUUUUUUUGUUUUGAUCAGUUUGCUUGGCUAAGGAAACCUUCUUGCAAAUUCUCCAAAAAACAAAACGGGUCAAGUUAAUUUCAAACACAAGCUACUUUUCCCACCUUUAGUGGAGUCUUGGUAUUAUCUAUAAUGUCUUGGUUAUUGUCGCACUCCAGUUACUGUCACUCUUAUUAGUAAUUGGACUUUCCACAGCACCUACUGUCACUAGAAAAACUAGAUUGUACAUUUGUUGAGCAAUCACAAAGGCAUGAAUCCCUUUGAAGUGAUACUAAAAGGUGCUGUAUCUGGCCACUAGAUGGCGCUGAAAGCAUACUCCUUUGUUGGCCUGCAUCGGAACUUGGAAGAAAGAAUUUGUGGUUAGGGUGUUGUCUUGAUUUUUAAAGAAUGUUAAGCACCUGCAGUGUUCUGAAAGCGGUUUGUUUUAAAUAUAUUUACCUUUAAUAGCAUUACCACAAGGUAUAGUGUUUAGGAUGUGUACUGGUAUAUCAAAUUAUUAUUUUAUCUCAUUGGAGAUUUCCUGUUUUACUUGAGUAUCUGACAUGAGGAAACUAAGACAUGCACAUUCUAAUAGAUACAAAAUGUUUCAUUCUGUUAGGAGGUUUGUUGGGGUUGGUUCCGUGUCAAGCACUAAAAAUAAAAGUUGUCAGUAAACCAUUUUUAAGUAUUAAAACCUGCUGACAAAAAUAUAUACUUGAGUGCUGAGUAGCUAAUGUACAUCAUAGUUCAUAGGAAUUUCAAAUGCUUCUUGUAUGCAUUUCAGCCAUGUAUAGUUAAACCUCUUAGUAUUUGUGUUAUUGUGUUAACUGUUAGUCCAACUUUGCAUAUCCUAUAAAACAUGAUUUUAUACAAUAAAUGAAUGGUCAGUAUGUAAAGAAAUAUAUGAAAUACAUUCUGCUAUGAAACUUCACAUCAGGAGUUUUCCAGAGAAUUAAUUCUGCCUUUAUUCUGUAAAAGUAAUUGUUCAAGGUUGGCUGCAGUACAUAUUUUUUUCCUCUGCAAAUACAAUUCUAAUGCUGAAGCAGUCAUUUGUUGCUAGGUAGAGGAGAAGUACAAAAGCACUCUUUGAUGCAGACGUGAAAUAAAAAAGUCAUUUUA